ACUGCGGCUCUCAGUCGGAACGGUUUGAGGGGGACACCGAAGUGACAACUCUGAAGCCGCAGUUGUAGCAGAAGCUCCGCGAGGAAGAUGAGCACAAAGCAGGUGACCUGCAGGUACUUCCUCCACGGUGUGUGCAGAGAGGGCAGCCGCUGUCUGUUCUCCCACGACCUUGCGAACAGUAAACCCUCCACCAUCUGCAAGUUCUACCAGAGAGGAGUGUGUGCCUACGGAGCACGCUGCAGGUACGACCACAUCAAACCUUCAUCCAGAGGUGUGGGGGGAGGAGCUUCGGAGGAUCAGGCAGGUGAAGGAGGAGGGGCUGGGGGCGGAGCUUCAGUCAGAGGUGGAGUGAAGAAGAACCUGGUCCUGAAAGACAAAGUCCUGGGGGCAGACAGGAAGUUCAGGGCUCCAGCAGACAGUCUGUGGUCGGAGGUCCGAGCGGCGGCGGCUCCUCAGUCGUAUGUGGACGCCAUCAGGACAGGCCUGGAUGCUUCUUCGCAGGAACAAGCUGCUCCCCCAGUAGGCGGGGCUUCCCAGGACCUCCCCCAGCUGUGUCCCUAUGCUGCCGCUGGACACUGUUACUACGAAGACGGCUGCUCGUAUCUCCAUGGCGACCGGUGUGAGGUCUGUGGGCUGCAGGUGCUCCACCCCCACGACCCAGAUCAGAGGAGAGCGCACGAGAAGAUGUGUCUGCUGGCCUUUGAGGCUGACAUGGAGAAGGCGUUUGCAGCCCAGCUCAGUCAGGACAAGGUGUGUUCCAUCUGUAUGGAGGUGGUGGUGCAGAAGGCCAACCCCUCAGACCGCAGGUUCGGCAUCCUGUCCUCCUGCUGUCACACCUUCUGUCUGUCCUGCAUCAGAAAGUGGCGCUGCACCCGAAACUUCAGCAACGUGAUCAUUAAGUCGUGUCCAGAGUGUCGGGUCGUCUCAGAGUUUGUCAUCCCCUCAGUUUACUGGGUGGAGGACCAGGACGACAAGGACCACCUCAUAGACCUCUUCAAGUCUGGAGUCAGUAAGAAGGCCUGUAAGUACUUCGAUCAGGGUCGCGGUUCGUGUCCGUUCGGAGCGAAGUGUUUGUAUCUUCACGCCUUCCCGGACGGAACCCGAGCGGAACCGGACCGGCCGAGGAAACAGCUGAGCUCCGAGGGGAACGUCCGGUUCAUGAACAGCGUCCGACUGUGGGACUUCAUCGAGGAGCGCGAGCAGCGGUCAGCCCCGCCCCUGCCGUCCCUUGAUGACGACAUCACAGAGCUUAGGGAGCUCUUCCUGCAGAUGUCGGGUCCGAGUCACGAUGGGCCGCAGACCCCAGCCACCGCGGACCAAUAGGGACCCGAGUCCUCUGGUCUCCAUGGAAACCGGUGGGACAGCUGACCGUACGUGGUUUGGAGAUACGACAGCCACGUUUGUAUUUGAAUCAUGUGAUCCCUCUGUAGCUCUGUGGUGUUCCUCAGUCUGAUCACACGCCCACGUGCUGGCUCAUUGAUUAUUGAUAUAUUAUUGACAUUUUAUUUAUGGCCUGAAAAAGUAAAUACAGAUUAAGUGUGAAAUCA